GUUCCCCGCCGGGAAAUGCCCGCCAGCUCCCGAGGAGCGCUCCCGCAGGACGGAGCAGCUCCCGCGCCACCGGCCCGGCCCGGCCCCAGAGCCCCUCCUUGCCGGGAACCCCGCCCUGCCCCUUACGUCACCCCUGCUCUACCCAAUCAGGAGCCGCGGCUCCGGCGGCGCCAAAGCUGCAAAGGGCGGGCGCGGGCCGGGGGUUCCCUCGGCCCCGCCCCCGGUGCUCCCCCGCCACGUGACCGGGGACGCGGCGCCGCGCCGGGGGCGAUGCCAGGCGGGAAGCGGAAGAGACUUUGGAAUGCGGAACGCACACCAUUCCCAGAUGAGACACCCCUAGGUCUGAAAAAAUCGAAUGUCAGGACAUCAGUGUCUGCUACUUCGAUUUCCAAUGCGUGGCUUAGGUGUGGGGAUGGUUUUGAGAGCACUUCAGUGCUGGAGUCCCAGAGGCCUUCUAAUAAGAAAUCCAGGAUUAAGAAGCGUCUUGGACCACUGUUAACAUCUGCUGAAAGUGCAUCUAGAGCUGCUGCUGCUGAAAGCUCUAAGGAAGCUGAGGACAUAAUAUGGACCUCUAGUGGCAGUGAUUUUUCAGAUGAUGGAAAUAAAACAUUGAUUCCAAGGUUGGACAGCAAAAAAAGUGACGCUUCCAAAACAGAGGAAUUGCCUGGCAGAUGUGAUUUAUUGUUAGAGGACAGAAGUAGUGAAGAUGAAUUGAAGCUUAUUGAAUGGGAGAAGGAUACUGAUUCCACCGAUCAGUGCAAUGGGUCAGAAAAAGAGGACAGCUCAGUAGAGAUAUCAGACUCAGACUCGUGCACAAAUACUAAUUCUCUGCCUGUCAAAGAGGAGAACGAUGAGCUUUGUAAGGCCAUUUCGACAGAAAUAUCUGAGUACUCCUCCGAUAAUGACAGCGAGGGAGAAGGAGAGGCGACCCUGGCAACCACUGCUCCGGGAUCCAGUAAGGGAUUACAGCCAGGGUCAGGAGGGGACACGGGGGAUGUCACAGCACGGCCGGCCAGCGAGUGGCUGAGGUCAGCACAGGCCCUUCUCCGCACCCCGGGGAAGCAGGUGGGAAAGACCCCCAGAGCCCCCGCCGAGUCUGCCAAGAAGAGGAAGCUACUGAGAGGCGGGCUAGCUGAGAGGUUGUGUCGGCUCCAGAACAGAGAAAGAUCUGCCAUUAGCUUUUGGAGGCAUCAGUGUCUUUCAGAUGAUAAAAUCCCCUCAGAUAAAUCUGGUGUUUUAAUUGUGAAGAUCUUAGAAAUAUUUGAGGAGUGCACGAUACAAGUUGCCAUCUGCCAGCAGCUGGAACAGUCUCCUGCUACGCUUUCACCUGAGGAUGCUGUCAUCAAUGCAGAGGAACCGAUACUCAAGGUCCUCUUCACAAGAGAGACAGCAGCUCACCUGAAGAGCAGACCACAGGAUGUCAUCCACAUCUAUCCCCCAUGGCAAAAACUGCUUCUCCAAAAUGCAGAUGUUCCUGUUAUCAUGAACACCUACUUUAGCCAGAAGGUGCUACUCAGUGAACAUUCAGAAGCCAGAGAGAAGACAUAUGGUCUUACAAAGAUGCCUAUCAGGAAGAAUAUUAUAUCUUUGGCACAGACCUUCAGACUUGAUGACUUUGAUGAUAAGUUACACCAGGAGUCUUCAGAUAAUCAGGUUCCUUGUGCUCUACAAACCCAUAACAACAGUGAUUCAAAACGGGAUCCCUUAGCACUGAGUGCUGUUAAUGAUUCUCUGCUUGAAAUGGUGGAAAGCCAGGGAGCAGUGGGAUGGAGAGAAGUGCAGGUACAAGUGGUUAUCCAAAGGGUGUACUGUUUGCCUGCAAGAGAAGGGUACAGAAGCCACACUCAAGGAAACAAGCCUCUUUGUGCAGCACCCGUCACGAAUUCCAAUCCACCAAAUGUUAGGUUGUGCCUCCUUGUCCAGGAUGCCUAUGGCAUGUUCAGUGAAGUGCAGCUGCAAUCCCUGAGUUCCACAGAUGACAUUGAGCAGUACUGCAGGAGAUGGGAAGGAAAAUCUUGCUGCUUAGCUGGAAUGAAGAUUUUGCAGAGAACUACAAGAGGAAGGGCAUUAGGACUGUUUAGUCUGAUAGACAGUCUGUGGCCUCCAGCAGUGCCUGUAAAAGUUCCCGGACAAAGUCAAGACUCUGAAAUGAUGACAACUAAUCUUCCUCCUCCCAGCUUCUGUUACAUUCUUACUGUUCAAUCUGGUGAAAUACAUGUGGAAGUGGAUGAGGAAGAACAGAUUUCUAAUUUGUACCAGCCACCAGCUGUUCAUGGUCUAAAGGAAAUUCUUCGGAUUGAUGCUUGUAACGAGCGAUGUAGCUUCUGGGCCCAAGUGCUCUAUCAAAGGCUGCAGACAAAACACAGUGUUCCUAUAGAUCAAAGAGAAAUGUUGUUGUUUGUGACUGACUCCACACUGCAAAAUGUGGUUCAUGGGAUUCCAAAAGUUGUUGCUGUGUCAGUCACUGCGUCGUGUGUUCUCAGCAUGGAAAUCAUGGAAGCCCUCAGUGCUGGCUCACGACUUGUCUUCUUCAAGGAUGCUCUCUGGGGAAAUGGUAGGAUUAUUUGUGUUGAACGUACUGUUCUCCUAUUACAAAAGCCUCUUUUGUGCUCGGCUGCUGGUGCUGACCUCAGUGAGCUGACUGGCCCUGUCAGACUCGAUGAGCUGGAUUCUACAACACAGGCCAGCUCCAUUUGUGCUCUCAGAGGUACUGUUGUUGGAGUUAAUGAGAGCACUGCUUUCUCCUGGCCUACAUGCAACAGAUGUGGCAAUGGAAAGUUGGAAGUGUGUCCCCAGGACAGAGAACUGCUAUAUUGCAACCAGUGCUCUGAAGUUGUCACAACACCAGUUUUGAAAAUGCAGCUGGAAGUCUUCUUGAGUUGUCCAUCCCGAUCUCAAAGCACAGUAAAAGUAAAGUUGUUGCAAAGGACAAUCUCUUCUCUCCUGAUGUCCUCUGCCUGUGAGGAUGGGACUUACGAGGUGCAGAGCGUGCUGGGAAAGGAGGUGGGGUUAUUGAGCUGCUACGUCCACUCCAUAACCAGUCACCCCAACUGUGUUGCGCUGGAGGAAAUUGUUCUUCUGGAAGCUGCAGCAAGACAGAGUUGAACUCUAGUCAGCUAUUAUAGUAUCUGUGGACUUUGUAAUGUGAUUAUCUGUUAACUAGUGCCACAGAUAAUGUAUAAUGCAAGUGUGAUAAGCAUUAAGAUAGUUUAUUAAAACUGUGAUUUAUAAAGCACAUUGUGCUAACACUGAAAAAAAUAUCUAUAUAUUGUUCAACUUUGUGAACUCUUCUUUUUCUGAUCAGUGCAGAAUCUAACAAUACAGUUCUUUGUUGUGUUUGCCGUUAUGUAAUGUAAAACAUCUUUUUCUGGAAGUUUUGAAUGGUUGUGAUUUAUUUUUAAUAAUACUGUAUUUAUUAUGAGUCAAUGGAAAAAAUUUUACUGAUAUUUUUGAAAUAAAUACCUUGCUCUGACAGUUGGUUUAAGCUG